GUUUGAUUGUUGCAGUGAGCUUUUUUUUGCAUUCCCCUUGGCGAAAAGUGGGGUACAGAUAGAUUGCGCUUGGUGGUACGCGUACCGUUUCUCCACGCUGCCCACGCAAUUCUUUGGCCUUGAUGCCUUCUACUGAUUUUGGCUUUUCUUUCGCCGCAUAAAAAGUACUUGCUUCACACGCAUAUUUUACUAGUCAAAUGCGAGCGUACUUUUUUAUUCUUUUACCUCUAUCAUGAUCAAAUUGGCCACAUUGAUUUCAUCAAUAUGACAUCUCACCAAGUGGAUCUAACUGGGACGAGGGAUAACCUUACCCCAUCACAGUCUCGAGCUCUUUACAGACUAUGGCAUCGAUUCUUUCGUCUUUGCGAGAUGCCUGCGGGAUCUUUAGGUGGAACGAAUGACACUGUAGAGAACAACAAAAAGGCAUCUUCAAAAGAGGUUGCCAAGCAAAUUUCUACUUCCUCUCUAGGUGAAAAGUCGACUCAAAAUGACGCAAAGAAUUAUGGAAGGCGAUCAGAAGACCUUCUUCGUAAUUCAGCAUCCAGAGCAGGCAGCAGUGCAACAACAGAUGCAAGCUACGGUAAGCCGCUACAACGACAAUCUUCCAGUGUACGACAAAUUGAUGAGCGUGGAAGUCAUAUUCCGAAAGAUGAUCGAGUGAAGGACGAACUAAAAACAUUGGAAGAGGCAAAAGAGAUGCGAGAGUUCUUGGAGAGAUAUGGAGGUGAACGAUUACGACAGAUCUUUUGGGAAAUGGUGAAAGGUGAACAUCCAGAUGCAAUCAUGUUACGCUUCUUACGUGCUCGCAAAUGGAACGUAGACAGAGCGAUCGCUGUAAUUGGCAGUACGGCGGCCUUUCGAGCAGAUAAUGAUGUUGCUGCCAUCCUACGUGGGGGUGAAUUAGCCUUAACGAGCACACGAGGUGGUCAGAACAUGCUGGCAAACGGUAUCUCUUACAUUUAUGGCGCAACAUCUAUUGGCGAACCAGUGUAUAUCAUUGAAGUAGGCAACCAUUUCUCACAUAAUCAAACACAGCAAGAAUUGAAGAAAGGUGUCAUUUUUCUGCAGGAGACUUUGCAGUUGCUCAUGCCUCCGCCUAUAGAGAGGAAGGUUGUUAUUUUCAACAUGAACGAAUUCGGAAUCCGAAAUAUGGAUUGGUGGUGUGUAUUCUUUAUGGUCAAGACGAUGGAGAGCUAUUACGUUGAAACUUUGGCCCGCGUUUACGUUCAUGGAGCUCCUUGGAUAUUCAAGCCAAUCUGGGCAAUUUUGAAGCCUUUACUAGAUCCUGUCGUGCGAGAUAAGGUUCGCUUGACGUUCUCAGCAGAGGAAUUGGCAGAGCAUGUUCCCUUUAAUCAUUUGCCAAAAGGAACAAUGCGAGGUGGAAUGGAUUGGAAAUUCGAAUGGCCUGCGCCAGAUCCGCAUGAAAAUGAUCUACAACUCGAUACCGCAACUAGAGAUACUCUGCAACAAGAGUACAUGGCUGUAGCAGCAGAAUUUGAAGCAGCGACGAAAGAGAUCGCAACAAUGUACGCACGCGCUUCUUUGAUGCGACGAAGGGACACUUCAAGCAGAAGAGGAGGGGUCAGGCAAGACUACUCUCUAUCAUCAGACGAAGAAGAUGAAGAUGUUUUGUACAACUCGCAAAGCCGAAGACCGAGUGAUGGCACUAUACUGGGAUCUGGAGGACAAACAAACCCCAACACAUCAACGGAGGAUAUUGGAACGAGUUUAAAGGCAAAACGAGAUGUAUUGGCUACAAAGCUAAGGGUCGCUUUCUUGAGGCUACGACCGUAUAUUGUCGGUAAAAGUAUGGCGGAUAGAUGGGGUGUGACCAAAGAUGAUGGUAGGAUCGUAUGGAAAUAUAAAUCAGUCGAUGGCGAGGAAGAAGAACAGGUCUUGGGAGAAGGAACAACAUUGCACGAAUUACAACGGAAUUUGGAAAUGAUAGAAGAAGCAUAUGCUCAGAAUCAGGCUAACAAUGAUAUAGACUCUGCUUCUUCAAGCCAUCGAAGAACGCCGACUUUACCUUCCGCUUUAAGCUCGAGUCAAUUGCCGGGUCAGCAAAUGGCCAACACUUCCAAUAGCGCUCUUGCUACAGCCCCUCCUGGAUCGCCGAACGAGAUGAAUAGGCGACAACAGAGGCUGAAAAACCGAUCACGGCCUAGUUCAGGAGCUUUGGAAGUGAAUGAGGCAGCAAAUGGAACAAGUCCAAACAGUAAGGAGAACGGGAAUGCAUCUUCAGCAGAACAAUUAUCAGAAGCACUACAAUCUAAAGCGAAUAUGCAAAACGAUCCUCACGAUGCUACAGAUGGCUCUAAUUCACCUGUCCCUGUACAUCCACUUCAUCAAUCAGCUAUUUCGCAAGACAAAUAAUAGCUUAUAAUAGCAAGAAUAAAGACAUUCAUCAUAUCGUUGUUCAUAAUAGCAUUACUGUA